AAACAGCAGAUUUCCAAAGUUGAGAGGGAAAGGGAAAGAGAGAGAGAGAAUUAUCUUGAAUCUUGAUCCAUCAAUGGAGAAGUACCAGAAACUGGAGAAGAUCGGGCAGGGAGCCUACGGCAGCGUCUACAAAGCCAGAGACACAUCCACCGGGCAGCUCGUGGCAUUAAAGAAAAACCACCUCCCCAUCUCCGAUCAAGGCAUCCCUCCCUCCACCCUCCGCGAGGUCUCCCUUCUCCAGCUCCUCUCCAACUCCCUCUACAUCGUCCGCCUCCUCUCCGUCGAGCACAUCCCCAUCCACAACGGCAAGCACCUCCUCUUCCUCGUCUUCGAGUAUCUCGACACCGAUCUCAAGAAAUUCAUCGACUCCCACCUCCAACCCCCGAACCCCACCCUCCUCCCUCCCAACACCGUCCAGAGCUUCCUCUUCCAGAUCUGCAGCGGCGUCGCGCACUGCCACAGCAACGGCGUCCUCCACCGCGACCUCAAGCCUCACAACCUGUUGAUUGAUGUGGAGAAGGGGAUUAUCAAGAUUGCUGAUCUCGGCCUCGGGAGGGCCUUUUCCGUCCCUCUCAAGAACUACACGCACGAGGUUGUUACUCUGUGUUACAGAGCUCCGGAGGUUCUUCUUGGAGCGAAUUACUCGACUGCUGUUGAUAUGUGGUCUGUUGGCUGCAUUUUUGCGGAGAUGGUGAGGAUGAAAGUCUUGUUUCUUGGAGAUUCAGAGUUUCGGCAGCUUCUCAUCAUUUUUAGGUUGCUUGGAACGCCUACGGAGGAGGUGUGGCCGGGAGUUACUUCUCUGCCCGAUUGGCAUGCGUAUCCCCAGUGGGAACCUCAAGACUUAGCGCAUGCCGUUCCAUAUUUGGGAGCUGAUGGUGUUGACCUUCUAUCAAAGAUGCUUAUAUAUAAUCCAGCUGAUAGAAUCUCAGCAAAAGAUGCUAUGAAUCAUCCCUACUUUGACACUUUGGAUAGAAAUCAGUUCUGAUACUCUUCUAUAUCGAGGCUGUAAGCAAGAGUUGAGAUACUACAUUACUACUGUUGUCUGCUGGGAGGAUAUGUCAUCAUGUUGGUUAUAUUCUUGGCUUGUUGUGUGGCAUUCAUUCAUUCAUC